CAUAUGGAAAACAAGAACAAUGUAACUGAGUUUAUCCUGCUGGGGCUUACCCAGAAUUCUCAAAUGCAAAAAGUAUUAUUUGUCAUAUUCUCAAUUAUCUACAUUUUAACCAUGGUGGGAAAUAUUCUGAUUAUUAUAACAAUUACUGAAAGCAAGAGCUUGAGUUCUCCGAUGUACUUGUUUCUUGCCUUCUUGUCUUUCAUGGAUGCUACCUAUUCAACUGUUAUUGUCCCUAAAAUGACCCUAGACAUGCUCUUUGAAAAGAAAACCAUUUCUUUCCAAGCCUGCAUGGUCCAGCUCUUCUUGGAACAUCUAUUUGGUGGUGCUGAAGUUUUCCUCCUCAUGGUUAUGGCCUAUGAUCGCUAUGUAGCUAUCUGUAAACCAUUGCAUUACUUAAUCAUUAUGAGAUGGCGUAUAUGUAUUCUGCUCUUGGUGGUGUCCUGGGUUGGUGGAUUCAUGCAUUCUUUUGUUCAGCUCCUUUUUGUUUUUAGGCUUCCAUUCUGUGGACCCAAUGUAAUUGAUCAUUUCCUGUGUGACAUGUACCCUUUAUUGGAACUUUCCUGUACAAAUACCUAUGUAAUUGGCUUCUCAGUGGUUGCUAAUGGGGGAGCGAUAUGCACAAUUGUCUUUUUACUUUUGCUUAUCUCAUAUGGAGUCAUUCUACACUCAUUGAAGACUCAAAGUCUGGAAGGGCGACGAAAAGCCCUUUCUACUUGCAUCUCCCACAUCAUAGUUGUUGUCUUAUUCUUUGUUCCUUGUAUUUGCAUGUAUGUUAGACCUGUCUGUACCUUCCCUAUUGAUAAAUCUAUAACUGUUUUUUAUACUAUCAUCACUCCUAUGCUGAACCCUUUGAUCUAUACCUUCAGAAACACAGAAAUGAAAAAUGCCAUGAGGAAGCUUUGGAACAGAAACAAGAUGUCUAGCAGUAAGGCAAUGAAUGCUUUGUCCAAGCAAUGA